AUGUCCCUUAAUCUUCUAGGACGUUGGAUUCAGGAUGUUGUAACAUCUUCAGAUCAAAUAAUUAAGGAUUUGCUUCUUAAAGAACUUUUCUUAUUAUUUGUUAAUUUUUUCAAAAAAAAAACACAACUAUUAUUAUUACAUUCAACUCCACUGAAAAAUCCACCUGUUCCUUCUGCUCAUUCAUCUGAAAGUACUG